GCACAGGGAGAGCGAGCGAGAGAGGACUUGGAAUACUGUAUUCCAGAAAACUCAUGUUGUGGCCAAGCCUCACAGCGCCCUUUCCUGUCUGCAAAGCUGGCUGCUGCGGCAGGUUUAUUUGGCUGCAAUAUUGUUCCCCUCCCCGACUCUUUACCCAGUGGAAUGAUACCCAGUGGAAUGCUAUCCAGAGCAAGGGCUUUGAGACAGGAAGUGAGGCGUGUUUUCACUAUGAGUGAUCUGAGAAGCAGGCGGGUGAGCGGAGGUAGCAGCUGUUUCGUGCAAGGGGCGCACAAUACCCCCGUUCCCCAGGAAUUUAGAUGAGACGGCUUCGGGGGAAGAGCUCUCAGCGGUGCUGAUGGGGGUGUCACAGCUCACGAUGUGGGCAGGGACACGCGGUGGCUUUGGAUCACUGCAGCAGAGCUGCUCUGGAAAUUCCCUCCAGUUAGAGCUUGGUGGAGGACCUGCUCUUCUUUAAUGGCUGCUGCUGCUGGUUGAUUGGCUGGAUACUUCCAGGCUCUUUAUUUCUUGGAAGAAGACCAACUUCUAUUCAUUAUCAAGUGUGGUGAAAGCUUUUUAUCAGUGUGCGGGGAAAGAUGCCGUUACCUUUUGGGCUCAAACUGAAGCGAACUCGACGUUACACGGUGUCCAGCAAGAGCUGCUUGGUGGCCCGCAUCCAGCUACUCAACAAUGAAUUUGUGGAGUUCACGCUUUCUGUGGAGAGCACCGGGCAGGAAAGUCUGGAAGCUGUGGCUCAGCGACUCGAACUGCGGGAGAUUACUUAUUUCAGUCUGUGGUAUUACAAUAAGCAGAACCAGCGUCGAUGGGUGGAUUUGGACAAGCCUCUGAAAAAGCAGCUGGAUAAAUAUGCUUUGGAACCGACUGUCUAUUUUGGAGUAGUGUUUUAUGUGCCUACAGCUUAUUAUUUGCAGUUGAAGAAAGAUAUCUUGGAAGGAAACAUUCCUUGCACAUUAGAGCAAGCAGUUCAUCUGGCUGGCUUAGCUGUUCAAGCUGACUUUGGAGACUACGAUCAGUAUGAAUCUCAGGAAUUUCUACAAAGAUUUGCCUUGUUUCCUGUGGGUUGGUUACAAGAGGAAAAAGUACUGGAGGAAGCAACACAGAAAGUGGCCUUGCUGCAUCAAAAAUACAGAGGCCUUACACCUCCUGAUGCAGAAAUGUUGUAUAUGCAAGAGGUAGAGAGAAUGGAGGGCUAUGGUGAAGAGAGCUACCCUGCAAAGGACAGCCAGGGAAGUGACAUAUUCAUUGGGGCAUGUCUUGAUGGAAUCUUUGUAAAACACAAAAAUGGCCAGCCUCCUGUUAUAUUUCGGUGGCAUGACAUUGCUAACAUGUCCCACAACAAGUCUUUUUUUGCAUUAGAACUUUCAAAUAAAGAAGAGACCAUCCAGUUCCAAACUGAGGACAUGGAAACAGCAAAAUAUGUGUGGCGGAUGUGUGUGGCCAGACACAAAUUUUACAGACUAAAUAAAUGUAGCCUACAAACGCAGGCUGUUACAGUGAAUCCAGUUAGAAGGAGGUCCUCUGCCAGGAUGUCUCUGCCCAAGCCACAGCCUUACAUGAUGCCACCACCACCUCAGCUACAUUACAAUGGACACUACACAGAACCAUAUACAUCAUCCCAAGAUAACCUUUUUGUGAGCAAACAGAAUGGAUUCUAUUACCACUCUCAGACUAGCCUGGAUAGAGCUCCACAUGACUACAAUGGCAGAAUCCGCAAUGGGAGUGUCUACAGUGCACACAGCACAAACUCUUUGAAUAACCCACAGCACUACUUGCAGCCAUCUCCCAUGUCCUCUAACCCAAGCAUCACUGGAAGCGAUGUCCCAAGACCUGAUUACGUUCCGUCACAUCGACAUAGUGCACUAAUACCACCUUCUUAUCGGCCUACCCCAGAUUAUGAAACUGUGAUGAGACAGCUUAACAGAGGAAUGAUACACACAGAUAGGCAGAGUCAUUCUAUGAGAAAUCUUAACAUCAGCAAUUCAUAUGCCUACAGUAGGCCUGAUGCUCUGGUCUACAGCCAACCUGAAAUUCGAGAACAUGCUCAUUUUACCUCCCCCCAGUCUGGUCACUAUCCUUUUAACCUGAAUUACAGUUUUCAUAGCCAGUCUCCCUACCCAUACCCUGUUGAACGGCGUCCAGUUGUUGGAGCAGUCAGUGUACCUGAGCUGACAAAUGUGCAGCUUCAGGCUCAGGAAUACCCAACGCCAAACAUCAUGAAGACCCAGGUCUAUCGACCUCCUCCCCCUUAUCCAUACCCAAGACCUGCAAACAGUACCCCAGACCUUUCCCGACAUCUUUACAUUAGCAGCAGCAACCCAGAUCUCAUCACCCGGCGAGUCCAUCAUUCUGUCCAGACAUUUCAGGAAGACAGUCUGCCUGUUGCACAUUCCCUUCAGGAGGUGAGUGAGCCCUUAACAUCAGCACACCAUGCUCAGCUACAGAAAAGGAACAGUAUUGAAAUAGCUGGGCUGGCUCACAACUUUGAAGGCAUAAGAAUUAAAGAGAGGACCAUGUCAGCCUCUGCUGCAGAUGUGGCCCUUUCCAGGGUCAUAGCAGGAGGGUCACAACCUAGUGUUUUUGUGGAAAGAACAAAGCAAGAAGAAACUGAGGAGCAAGAAGGAAGUUUGAACUGUGAUCAUAAGAAGUCUCUUUCAGAUGCCACUAUGUUGAUUCACAGCAGCGAGGAAGAGGAAGAAUUUGAAGAAGAAAACAAAGCUAGUACAACUCUGACUCCUCUCACUGAUGACCAGACCCCACUUUCUGCUAUUAUGAGUGGUUAUCCUCAUGAAUCCUUACUAAGUUACCCCUACAGUUCUGUUGCUUCACCUCCUGGCCCUUUGCAUAUCCUUGAGCCUAAGUUACAUAUUUCAGAGCCAGAAAAGAGGAUAAAAGAUGUGAGCCUGGGACACUUAAUGGCUGAAACCCAAGUGCAGAGAAGAGGUGAAGGCUUGCUGACUCCGUCUAUGUCAGAAUCUGACCUUACGACUUCAGGACGGUACAGAGUGAGAAAGGAUUCUCUAAAGAAGAGACCUGUCUCUGACCUUUUGUCAGGAAAGAAAAAUAUAGUGGAAGGUCUUCCCCCUCUAGGUGGUAUGAAAAAGAAUAGAACUGAUGCCAAAAAAAUAGGGCCUCUGAAGUUAGCUGCGCUAAAUGGACUAACCUUGUCUCGAAUGCCUUUGCCAGAUGAGGGCAAGGAAGAGCCUACCAGAGCAACAAAUGAUGAACGGUGUAAAAUUCUAGAACAACGUCUGGAACAGGGAAUGGUGUUUACUGAGUAUGAGCGGGUUCAAAAGAAAAGGCUCAUAGAUGGAGAGUGCUCAAUAGCCCGACUCCCUGAAAACGCUGAGAGAAACAGGUUUCAGGAUGUCCUUCCCUAUGAUGAUGCCAGAGUGGAGCUGGUCCCAACCAAAGAAAACAACACGGGUUACAUCAAUGCAUCCCAUAUUAAGGUCUCUGUUGGUGGCAUUGAGUGGGACUAUAUUGCUACACAAGGCCCUUUGCAGAAUACAUGUCAAGAUUUCUGGCAGAUGGUAUGGGAACAAGGGAUUGCCAUUAUAGCAAUGGUGACAGCAGAAGAGGAGGGUGGGCGAGAAAAGAGCUUCAGGUACUGGCCCCGACUUGGCUCAAGGCACAACACUGUCACCUAUGGAAGAUUUAAGAUUACUACACGAUUCCGCACAGACUCUGGCUGCUAUGCAACGACAGGCUUGAAGAUCAAACACCUUCUCACAGGGCAGGAGAGAACAGUUUGGCAUCUGCAGUAUACAGACUGGCCAGAGCAUGGGAGCCCAGAGGAUCCUAAGGGAUUUCUGUCAUACUUGGAGGAGAUACAGUCAGUGCGGCGCCAUACAAACAGCACAGCGGAUCCUCAAAGCUCUAACCCCCCUGUACUGGUACACUGCAGCGCAGGCGUAGGAAGAACGGGAGUAGUCAUAUUGUCAGAGAUCAUGAUUGCCUGUUUGGAACACAAUGAGAUGCUGGACAUCCCAAGAGUGCUGGACAUGUUGAGGCAGCAGAGGAUGAUGAUGGUGCAAACUCUCUGCCAAUACACUUUUGUCUAUGGAGUUCUCAUUCAGUUCCUUAAAAGUUCUAGGCUUAUAUGAUCCCCCGCCCCGCCCCGUCCUGUAGGACUCAUUCAUUUCAAGAGUUUAUAAAAGGAGAAUUACAGUUGUCCAGGCAGACUUACCUUUCUGGUGUUCUUUUCAAUAGAUGAUCGUGUGGCAUUACCAUUUUGGCAUGGUGUGGGGAUAUUAAAUCCAAGUGAAAAGUACCAACCUUUGCAAAGCAAGAUUUUUUACUAGACUAACUUCUUUCCAUGUUCAGCAGCAGCUAAUGUAAGGAAGGUACUAGCAUUAAACAACUGUGUUCUUUUUAAGUACCUUCUUAAGAUUGUCUUAGUCUACACUGGGCAGUUUUGGAAAUCACCUAUGGUUUAGUCUGAAUUUCUUUUUUAAAAACAGAGCAUCUGCUCUGAGCGUAGGGAGAAAUAGCUGUAGAACUGCAUAGCAAGAAUAUCUGUAGAGUUGCAUACCUACCCCCCUCCCCCAGAAUACCAAGGUCUUAAGUAGUCUCACUCUACUUUCAAUUUUGUAUUUAAAACAAUGAUACUAUAUAUAUUUUUAAAUAAGCUUGGUUUCUUCUGGUUCACUUAGCAGGACCAACAGCUGCUAGAAACCAAAAAACUUCAGGGCAGUUAUUUUUCUAUUUAUCAAAUUUAAAUUUUUUAAUCUUCAAAGAGCUAUACAUUUAUAAACAGCACAUUUUUUCAGACAAUAUUAGAAGCAAAGACAUUCAAAAUUAACUUUUCAGGAUUUCUACAAAAGUGAAAAGUACAAGAGGAAAGUGUUGGUACCUGCAGAAUUCCAGGUAGUAGAAUCAACAAUAGCAAAGUCUUGUUACCUGAAGAGUGCUAGGUAAUAAAAUAGGCAAGUAGAAGGCAUUGUUGAAUUUCUUGGUGAAUUUCUCAGUGACCUAAAUGGUAAGAGGCACUGUUACCUACAGAGUAGGUAAUAAUCAGCAAGGGGAUGAGGUUAUUGUCAACAGGGCGUUAUGUAAAAAUAAGUGAACAAUAGAAUUCAGUUACCUACAGGGUUCUAGGUAACAAAAUGGACAAGAGAAGGUAUAUAUUCAGUAUUAUUCAUGUAUUUAGAGGACAGUUUGAUUUUACUGGUUGAAAUCGAAGUGGAUGCAAACAAUUUAAGCACUUUUUUGCUCUCUUAUUUAUGUAGCUAAGCAUAUAAACUGUAACCAUAUAUCAUUUAAUAGGUUAAAGUACCUUUACUAACCUAACUAUUAAUUUAGAAAAAGCCUUUUUCGAAAUGGUGAUAUGAGAGAUAACACAACUUAAAAAUAGGAAGUUGCAAGGUGGUGAAUGGAUAUGUGCAAAUAAUGGUGCAAAUGUGAUGACUAGGAUUUUUCUUUGCACUUAGUUAGUGCAAAGACUUCAGUAUUAAUUUUUAUUCUCUCCUCCAAGAAAAGCGUAAAAACAUCUUAAUUUCCAAUCGAAUUUCUGAGCUUAUUUUGUCAGUGAGCAGAAAGGUUUGUUAGACUUGGCAUUGUUGAGUUAAGGAUGUUAAUGAUAUGUGGGAGGCCAUUUGAGAAUGAUAGCAACACUCAAAAACUGUUAUUCAUAAUGUUGGAGAUAUGGGUAUUUUAGUGACUUCUUUGCUGAAAGGG